GGCUGCCGGUGCCUGCAAGGCUUUUUCCCCCAGAGACCAGGGGCUGCGCACCCGGGCUGAGUCCGCAGCCCCCAACCCUGGGCACCACCGAGGGGGAUUCUGAGGGAAGCCCCUGUAGCUGACCGCAGCACGAGGGGGCAGGCCCGGGUCCCAUGGGGCCGGCGGCACCGGGCACGGCGGCGGCGAGGGACCGGCGGCGGCGCGGACUACAACUCCCGGCAUGCCCCGCGGCGGGGGGCGGGUCGCGUGGCUGCCCGCGCCUGUCGGGCUCCGUCGGUGGCGGAGCUGCGGGCCCUGCCCGGCCGGUGCUGGGGCUGCGGGUUCCGCCGGGGUCUCGCAUCGCUGCCGCCGCAUCGCAUCGCUGCCGCCGCAUCGCAUCGCUGCCGGGCUCGAACACGGACCCGUAGUAGCCCACGUAGUGGCCCUGUAGCCCAUGCUGACCGCGCGUGUCGGCGGGGCCUCGCCGGGCGGCAGCGCCAUGGGGCCGUGGGGCCGGGGCCUGCCGUGGGCUCUGGUGCUGCUCGCCUUGCGCGGAGCGGCCGGCGCCCGCCCCAGCUUCGUCCUGUUGCUGGCGGAUGACCUGGGCUUCGGAGACCUGGGCAGCUACGGGCAUCCUUCUUCGGCCACGCCCAGCCUGGACCGGAUGGCUUCCCGAGGGCUGCGGUUCACCGACUUCUACAGCAGCUCCCCGGUGUGCAGCCCGUCCCGGGCAGCCCUGCUGACAGGCCGGUUCCAGAUGCGCUCCGGGGUUUACCCUGGUGUGUUCAGCCCAGACUCACGGGGAGGCCUGCCGCUGUCUGAGGUCACCAUUGCUGAAGUGCUGAAGGCUGAGGGCUAUGCCACAGCCAUGGUUGGCAAGUGGCACCUUGGCCUGGGGAUUAACGGCUCCCUUCUGCCCAUUCAUCAGGGCUUUGACCACUUCUUGGGUGUGCCCUACUCUCAUGACCAGGGCCCUUGCCAGAAUCUCACCUGCUUCCCACCUGACGUCAAGUGUUUUGGGACUUGUGACCAAGGCUUGGUGCCAGUCCCACUGCUCUGGAACCAGAGCAUUGUGCAGCAGCCAGUCUCUUUCCCUGAUCUGGUGCCACUCUACAACAAAUUCUCCCGAGACUUCAUUGCUGACUGUGCCCGACGAGGCCUCCCCUUCCUGCUCUACUAUGCUUCCCACCAUACACACUACCCUCAAUUUGCAAGCCAGGAGUAUGCAGGGCAGUCACGGCGUGGGCCGUUUGGUGAUGCGCUCUUGGAGUUUGACGGCUCAGUGGGACAGCUGCUGCAGACACUGCAGGAAAAUGGUCUUGCAAACACGACCUUGGUGUUUUUCACCUCUGACAAUGGCCCAUCCACCUUGCGGAUGGCACGUGGAGGCAGUUCUGGCCUUCUGAAGUGUGGGAAGGGCACAACAUACGAAGGUGGCAUGCGGGAACCAGCAGUGGCUUAUUGGCCAGGCCAUAUCACUCCAGGAGUGACACAUGAACUGGCAAGCACCCUGGACAUCCUGCCAACACUGGCUACCCUGGCUGGAGCAGCUCUUCCCAAAGUUGCCCUGGAUGGCUAUGACCUGAGUCCAGUGCUGUUUGGGUCAGGGAAGGUGAGUCCUGCGGGCUGGUUCAGCUGGCAUUGUGCAUGAAAGCUGGGUGUGGGGCUGAAGCUGUGUGCCUGAUGAGUACAACCAGCUGGGGGUCAGGGGAGAUCCAUGAGCUGGGACCUUUUGUCUGGCCUGGGUCAUGCCAUGGAAUUCCUCGGCUUCCCCAGGCUGCUCUGCUCUGACA